GGCGGGAGCGCGGACGUCGGCGGUCCGGCGGCGGGGUAGUGACGGGAGCGCGGACGUCGGCGGCCCGGCAGUCGGGGUAGUGACGGGAGCGCGGACGUCGGCGGCCCUGCGGUGGGGGGUAGUGACGGGAGCGCGGGCGUCGGGCGCGCGCGGUCCCGCCAUGAAGCAAGAGGAAGAUGCCAGCCCAGAGGCUGGCUUUUGUCUGGGUCCUGUCCUGCAGUCCUGGGGGCUGCAGUUGACGGAGCAGCGGUCACAGUCUACCAUGCUCGUGGGGAUUGUGAUUGGAGCCCUCCUGGCCCUCGCCCUUGUUGGCAUCACCGUCUUUUUUGUGUAUAGGAGAGUUAACCGAUUCCGACAGGUACAGCCCACUCCGCAGUACAGAUUCCGAAAGAGAGACAAAGUGAUGUUUUACGGCAGGAAGAUCAUGAGGAAGGUGACCACGCUGCCCCACACUCUUGUGGGGAGCACGGCUGCCCCCCGGCAGCGGGCAAGGAAGAGGACCAAAGUGCUGUCUUUGGCCAAGAGGAUUCUGCGUUUCAAGAAGGAAUACCCAACCCUGCAGCCAAAGGAGCCACCACCCUCCCUGCUGGAGGCGGAUCUCACAGAGUUUGACGUGAAGAAUUCUCACCUGCCAUCAGAAGUUUUGUACAUGCUGAAGAAUGUGAGGGUCCUGGGCCACUUUGAGAAGCCACUGUUCCUGGAACUUUGCAAACACAUGAUCUUUGUACAGCUGCUCGAAGGGGAACACGUCUUUCAGCCGGGGGAACCAGAUACCAGCAUCUAUGUAGUGCAGGAUGGGCGCCUGGAAGUCUGCAUCCAGGACGCGGAUGGCACCGAGGUGGCGGUCAAGGAGGUUCUGGCUGGAGACAGCGUCCACAGUCUCCUCAGCAUCCUGGAUGUCAUCACUGGCCACACUGCUCCAUACAAAACCGUGUCCGCCCGCGCGGCUGUCCCUUCCACCGUUCUCCGGCUCCCAGCAGUGGCUUUUCAAGGAGUUUUUGAGAAGUAUCCUGAAACCCUGGUGAGGGUAGUGCAGCUGGCUGUCCCCUCACAGAUCAUCAUGGUGCGGCUGCAGAGGGUCACCUUUCUGGCUCUGCACAACUACCUGGGCCUGACCACAGAGCUCUUCAACCCUGAGAGCCAGGCCAUCCCCCUGGUGUCUGUGGCCAGCGUGGCUGCUGGCAAGGCCAAGAGGCAGGUGUGCUGUGGCUCUGAGGAUCGUCUUGAGAGGCCCCUCCGGCCCCAGGAGUCCUGCGAUCCAGAUCGAGGGGGCAGCCGUACAGCAGCCCCUGGGCCUCUGCUGAAGAGGAGCCAGUCCUUCCCGCUGCCUUCGGUUCACGAAGAGAUCCUGGAUGAGCUCGGCAAGGCCCAGGCAGGUGACCAGGCCCCUCUUGCUCCACCAGGGGGCACAGCAGGUGCAACCUCAGACCUGAGGAUGGCAUGUGACCGUGCCAGGGUCCUUCUCCAUGCAGAAGAACGCCUUGGGAGCUCUGUGGCCAGCAAGUCCAAGAAGAACGUGAUUGUUGCAGACACUCCCUCUGCGGUCUUCCACUACUCAAAGACUAACUUAGAUGAGACUGUCUCCAGCAGGAAGACAGAUGCUAUCUUCAGAGCCGCCAAGAAGGACCUGCUCACCCUGAUGAAGCUGGAUGACACCUCGCUCUUGGAUGGCCGGGUGACGCUUCUCCAUGUUCCGGGAGGCACGGUGGUGUCGAGGCAGGGAGACCAGGACGUGAACAUCCUCUUUGUGGUCUCGGGGCUGCUGCAUGUGUACCAGCGGAAGAUCGACAGCGAGGAGGACACCUGCCUAUUCGUGGUGCGCCCGGGGGAGAUGGUGGGCCAGCUGGCAGUGCUCACGGGAGAGCCCCUCAUCUUCACCAUCAAGGCCAACAGGGACUGCAGCUUUCUCUCCAUCUCCAAGGCCCACUUCUACGAAAUCAUGCGGAAGCAGCCAACGGUGGUCCUGGGCGUGGCGCACACCGUCGUCAAGCGGGUGUCCUCCUUCGUGCGGCAGAUCGACUUCGCGCUGGACUGGAUGGAGGUGGAGGCCGGGCGCGCAGUGUACAGGCAGGGAGACAGGUCAGACUGCACCUACAUCGUCCUCAGUGGCAGGCUACGCUCUGUGAUCCGCAAGGAUGAUGGCAAAAAGCGCCUGGCGGGGGAGUAUGGCCGCGGAGACCUCAUCGGUGUGGUGGAGACGCUCACCCACCAGGCCAGGGCGACCACAGUGCAUGCCGUUCGGGACUCAGAGCUGGCCAAGCUUCCAGCGGGAGCCCUGACAUCCAUCAAGCGCAGGUACCCGCAGGUUGUGACUCGGCUGAUUCAUCUCUUGGGUGAGAAGAUUCUGGGCAGCCUCCAACAGGGAACUGCUUCUGGUCACCAGUUUGGGCUACACACUGCAGGCCGCAAGUGGGACUCGGGGAACCCUGCCAGCAACCUCUCCACGGUGGCGGUCAUGCCUGUGUCGGAGGACGUGCCCCUCACCGCCUUUGCCCUGGAGCUCAAGCACGCCCUCGGUGCCAUCGGCCCUGUCCUCCUGCUGACCAGUGACAACAUCAAACAGCGCCUUGGCUCUGCUGCUCUGGACAGUAUUCACGAGUACCGGCUGUCCAGCUGGCUGGGGCAGCAGGAGGACAUCCACCGCAUCGUGCUCUACCAGGCGGACAGCACGCUCACACCGUGGACCCAGCGCUGCAUCCGGCAAGCCGACUGCAUCCUCAUCGUGGGCCUGGGAGAGCAGGAGCCCACUGUGGGCGAGCUGGAGCGGAUGCUGGAGAGCACGGCCGUACGAGCCCAGAAGCAGCUGGUCCUGCUGCACCGGGAGGAAGGGCCGGCACCCUCCCGCACCGUGGAGUGGCUGAACAUGCGCAGCUGGUGCUCCGGCCACCUGCACCUGUGCUGCCCGCGCCGCGUCUUCUCCCGGAGAAGCCUGCCCAAGCUGGUGGAGAUGUACGAGCGAGUCUUCCAGAGGCCCCCAGAUCGGCACUCGGACUUCUCCCGCCUGGCUCGGGUGCUGACUGGCAACGCCAUCGCCCUGGUGCUUGGGGGCGGAGGAGCAAGAGGCUGUGCCCAGGUUGGCAUCAUCCGGGCCCUGACGGAGUGUGGCAUCCCUGUGGACAUGGUUGGAGGGACGUCCAUCGGGGCCUUCAUGGGCGCCCUAUACUCCGAGGAACGGAACUACAGCCAGAUACGGAUCCGGGCCAAGCAGUGGGCUGAGGACAUGACGUCGAUGGUGAAGACUGUGCUGGACCUGACCUACCCCAUCACCUCCAUGUUCUCGGGGGCCGGCUUUAAUAGCAGCAUCUGUAGCGUCUUCAAGGACCGGCAGAUCGAGGACCUAUGGAUCCCCUACUUUACCAUCACCACAGACAUCACAGCCUCUGCUAUGCGGGUCCACACGGACGGCUCCCUGUGGAGGUACGUGCGUGCCAGCAUGUCUCUGUCAGGCUACCUGCCUCCCCUCUGCGACCCCAAAGACGGACACCUGCUGAUGGACGGGGGCUACAUCAACAACCUCCCAGCGGAUGUGGCCAGGUCUAUGGGGGCAAAGGUGGUGAUUGCCAUUGAUGUGGGCAGCCAGGAUGAGACGGACCUCACCAACUAUGGCGACGCGCUGUCUGGGUGGUGGCUGCUGUGGAAGCGCUGGAACCCCUUGGCCACAAAAGUCAAGGUGUUGAACAUGGCGGAGAUCCAGACACGCCUGGCCUAUGUGUGCUGCGUCCGGCAGCUGGAGAUGGUGAAGAACAGUGAGUACUGUGAGUACCUGCGCCCCCCCAUCGACAGCUACGGUACUCUGGACUUUGGCAAGUUCAACGAGAUUUGCGAAGUGGGGUAUCAGCACGGGCGGACAGUGUUUGACAUCUGGGGUCGAAGUGGUGUGCUGGAAAAGAUGCUACAGGACCGGCAGGGAACGAGCAAGAUGAAGGCGUGUGAUGUCCUCACCUGCCCCAAUGCCUCCUUCACGGACCUUGCUGAGAUUGUGUCACGCAUUGAGCCUGCCAAAGUAGCCACAGUGGACGACGAGUCUGACUACCAGACGGAGUAUGAGGAGGAGCUGCCAGAUGGCUCCAAGGACACGUAUGCUGACUUCCAGAGCGCCCCGGCCCACUUGGGCUCCGACUCGGAGGACGAACCCUCACUUCGGCAUCGGUACCCCAGUCUGGCUUCCCCAAACUGCCCUGCUGUUGACAUGCUGACGAAGAUGGGUGGAGCCCCUCACUCUGAUGCGCCCUAGAGUCCGCCUCUGCUGUGGGCCUUUCUCAGAGACCGGGCUCCUAGAGUUCCUGGGGGCUCUUCCCCACCGGGCUGGGGCCCAGCGCCCUGUGCACCAUGGGUCCAGCUUCAUCUGUGCCGGACCCAACCUGUAUGUGUUUGGGGUGGGGGAGGGGGGCGGCGGGGGCAGGUCUCUGGCUUCUGUGUACUGGCAGCUGCUGGUGGAGCACUCGGUCCUGGCACCCCUGCACACACAGCAGUCCUAGGGGCUCCUUGAGGCCUCUGAGAGAUGUUGGAGCCCCUGAAGCAUCAGGGCCUGAUGUGCCAAUAAAGGUAGAUCUGAUUGUG